AUUUCUUGCGCCAGCCUUCUCUCCUCGACCUGCUUCCUUUCUUUCCCUCCUGGUCGACAGCAGAUCAUGACAGACAUCUUGGAUGCUCAGGUCGAUGAACUGCUGCGCAAGGCUGAGCAGCGCCUGAGAGAUGGCCCUGCUGCGUCUGCCGACCUCGUCCCGGCUGCUGCUCGGGGGGUGAAGCCCGACACGGUCAAGGUCGUGCAGCAGCCUGCCAGCGAUAGCAGCAGCAGCAAGAAGAACGACCUGUCUGUUCGAGCACCCCCUCAGCCGCAAACGGGACUGAAGUCCAAGGAAAAGACUACAGCCGGAGCCAACUGGUUCGACCUCCCCAAGACGGUCCUCACCCCCGAGUUCAAGCGGGAUUGGCAGCUCCUCCGCAUGCGAGGCAUCCUGGACCCCAAGCACCAGAAGAAGACCCUCCGCACGAGCGCCCCCGAGUAUUCUCAGGUCGGCGAGAUCAUCGCCGGACCCACCGAGUUCUACAGCGCCAGGUUGACGCGCAAGGAGAGGAAGGCCACCAUGCUCGAGGAGGUUAUGAGCACCUAUGACAAGGACAAGUUCACCACAAAGUACGCUGGCAUUCAGAAGCAAAAGACCAGCGGAAAGAAGGCAUUUUACAAGAAGCUAGUGGCUCAGCGCCGUAAACAGACCGGCAAGAUGAUGCGCCAAAGUCUUAGACCCUUGCGGGUCCUCUCGGCCGAAGUGCCAUGGAUCGCCCGCCGAACGAAGGCCUCGCUAGCACAACCUGGAGAUCUUGUCCCCAACAAGGUUGAGAACCAGACCCCCGUGGAACCACGAUACCCGCGAGCCCUCGAGGCUCUCCACCUCAAGCCUCUGAAGCGAGAGGCCGAGCAUGGAAUCCCCUCAUGCGACCUCCAGCUCCGCUCCUACAGCGUCCAGCCCCUCGAGUUCUUCUCCGACUUUGCCCUCCGAGCGGCCUACUACCUCGGCCUCCCGGCCUACGGACCCGUCCCCCUCCCCCGCAUCACCGAGCGCUGGACUGUCCCGCGAAGCAACUUCAUCUUCAAGAAGUCGCAGGAGAACUUUGAGCGAAAGACCCUCCGAAGACUAAUCCAGAUCCGCGACGGAAACCCGGAGACGGUGCAGAUCUGGCUCGCCUACCUGCGCAAGCACCAGUACUACGGCGUGGGUAUGAAGGCCAACGUGUGGGAAUUUAGCGAGCUCGGCGUCGGCAAGAAGAUGGAUGCUCUGCCUGAGGCGGACCAGGGACAGAUUGAGGCCAAGUGGGCGCACCUCGGACAGACAAAGACGAUUGGUACGGUGGAGAAGGUUGAGGAGCUGCUCAGCCAGAGGCGAUUCCGGGAGGCUGCGGGUUUGAGGGUGCCGCCUACGACGGAGUCAUAA